ACCCUCAAUGUUGUAGAUCUUUGAAGGAGAACGAAUAUUUCACUGAAACACGCAACGGUUGUCGUCGUGGAAAAGUGUUAGUGCACGUAUUCUCGAGACGCUCGUCUCCAUGUCUCUACGGGGUCAGGGAGUGGCGGCGUCUGUAUCCGCAGAAGGUUCCCGGUCCCACUGACACAUUUGGGUCAGAUCUCACGUGCAGCAGACUUCUGGCGUCUCGGGGUCUGUUUCAGUGCCAGAUUCCUGCGAGUGUUGGUCUCAAGCGCAAAGCAACAGUCUCUGCAGAUGUGGGGUGUAUUUUUCGACACUGAAACUCAACCACUUAUACCGUACGAGAACUUUUUUUCUCUUAAUCAACCGACUCUGGAUGUGAUGUGAACUACCACAUUGAGUGUGUUGUCUGCUUUGCGCGUCAGGAAAAAGCAAUGGAUUUCUACUCCUCUUUCUGAAGGCUUUGAGUCAUGCAAAAGGAGACUUAAGGGACGCCGCAUUUCCAUGUGUAACGUGUCUUUUAUCGGUGCCGAUAGGAGGUUACUUCAUGGACAGAAGAACCACUGCUUCUGAGGUGCCGUCUGCACUCACUGGGAUUCUGUUGUUGGCGCAAGCUGGUGUCGGUCAUGCCAUUGAAGUUGUGUUGAGUUUUUCCCACGCCUUCUUCACUGACCUUCUUGAGUAUUGGUGGCCAUAAGUAUCUUGGGGUCGAUCGUUUGAGACGGAUUCCAUUUCCAUCUUGUUUCUACAGGCAUUGCUCACACGUGGACGGUCCGUGAUACAUUAACACAGGUAGUGGUUGUGACCUCCGGAGGCCAAAUUAUCGAAGUGACCGUAUUCAUAUUUCGGUUGUAUAAGCUCUUCGUCAUUGCGCAAACAUUUCCGUGCGUGGCCGCCCUGCGGCUGCGUGUGUUGUCAAGUGAGUUCCGCGUUUGCGGGAACGCACGCCUUGUAGCUGAAGGUCCUUUGUCACCCCCAUCGUAGGGUGUAAGCCGAUUCCGUUUCUUGAUUGCUGUUGCUAAUUACAUCUGCGACUAUCAUUAUGGAGUUGAUCCUUCAUAAUGCCCGUGCAAUUGAACGGACAACUAACCGAAUCCCUGCAAGUCUGAUGUAGCCCUUAUUCCGUCGAACGACAGAACAACACUGUCAAUAUCACUUCGGAUCUUGUGAGGCUUUCUGCCACAUAGCUCUUGCUGAUUCUUGGCCAUUCUCUCGAUGGGCUUCAUCAAUCUUUCCGUCUUUAACACUCCGUCUUUCCUCCCGUGGGUGCUCUCUGUAUCAACUGCGUCGAGACGUACUCGCUUUCGUGUAGUGACUUGACGCUACCCGAGUGCGACUGAGCGGUUUGCACUCAAUGGAGAACCUCGUGUUAAGGCUGAUGCGUUUUUUCUCACCUGAAAAUGAGGAGGCGUUCUGUGCCGACACCUUCGUGUCCAGUUCCGGCGCCAGAGCAGCCGCGUGGCGGGGUUCCACCCAUCAGCGUGACGCCUAACUUGCCAGUUGGGAAGGAUGGGCUCAUAUCAUCUACGGAAGACAGGCAUGCGAGUGGGACGACGGAACCUAGUUUCUUUACUUCGCUGCUGCAACGGUUGUCUACCGGUUUAAACAGUUGCACAGACGCCCGACGGGGACAGGACACCUUCAAUGAGCUUCUCGUCGCAGAGUCAUCGCACGUAGAUGCCGGACCCUGCACACUUCCACCCUCGCUUUUUGGAAAUCGAGAGGACAUCUGGAUUCCCCCUGUUUAUGGGUCACGCGCCGUAGGUCCCACCUUCUCUAAGUCGCCUGAGAGUCAGUUGCUGGAAUCGAACGGUGAAAUUCCUGCCUCUUCGAACGAGGUCAACACUCAAGGAGCAGGCAGACCCGCUGUAUCUGUAUGUGCCUUUCUCCGCAGAGAGCACUGCGAGUUUCCGUUGUUUUUUGGCGAGCGACGCGCCUGCAAUGUUCCUUCUCCAUCAUUUGCUUCUGGGACUGAUUCCCGCAGCUGUCUACUGUUGUCGGGUACCUCAUCCUCUGCGCCGGCCUUUGAAACACCGAUUUCCCACGAGUGUCCCCUCGCCUGCCACAAAUCUGAGCGUAGUGUGUUAUUGCCUCCGGCUCCCUGUUCUCCCCCGAACGAGGUUUCAUUUUUCUCCGACGACGUACCAAAUGAGAACCGCGACUUCCAACUAACCAGCACGUCUUCGUCGCGGUUGUCUGCGCGCAAUUUCUCCGAGUCGCUGGGUCCAAACAGUUCCACAAUUUUCCUGUCCGUAGGCGAUGAUUCAGAGGGUCCACACCCUACCGUUGCGUCGAAAUUCUCUAUUGCUGAAGCCAGUGCGUUGCCUACUGUCUUGUGCCCUCUGGCGGCUAACAGUUUCAGUGUGGGUGUUUCCGCCGGCAUCGCUCAAGGAUCGGUGGAACCUCCACAAAUGCGGUGGAAAACGGCAGAAAGCCAGAGUUUCCCUCAGGAGUCCACAGCCUCAGACGCAGUUAGAGGCUCAUCGAGCGGAUGCAGUCCACUCGAGGCGGGCGAAAGGCCACUAACAAAUACCGGAAGCGGAGACGGAAUGCGCCUUGAAGAAUCGCUGGUCUGUCAUGCGUGUUCUGGCUGGAAUUGGCCGUGCUCGAACCACCAAACGGACUCGAAAGAGACGGCAUUCGACAGCUCCCAAAGUCAACAAACGCGGGCAACCGAGGCAGGAAGUUCUCCAGCGCGUGCUCGUGUUUCUGGAGAGACCAGAGGAAACUACAGUCUCGAAACUUCCACCGUCUUUCAACUUGCGUUUGAUGUGUAUCAGGGGUGCAGAGCCACGAGCGUGGACGACGGUGAGGUGUCAAUCGUUGGAGAUCCCCUGUUCAGAGAAAGACGGCCGAAAGUAGAAGACCUUGUCGCAUGAUGUUGGAUCUGCAUGAUUCGCGAUAGAGACAGGGGAUGUUUCUGCUUUGUCUUGCGUCACACAAAAACGCACAAGGGCUUUUUUCGUCUUUCGCAGGCUGCGGAGUUCGAUCGGUGUGUGUUAACGAACCAGCUAGCAUUGGGAAGGAAUCGAGAUUCACAGAAUUGAAGAAUUGAACUCCACACUUGUGAGACAGUGAACCGUCGUAUAAGUGCUUCUGCCUCACCUAAGAGUAGAGUCUGAUCUAGGGAUGUGGCCUGAGUUGGCACGAUACGGCGGGGGAAUCGGCGUCAACGAAACCACUACGAAGAAGCCAGGGAAAGACACUAGAAACUGAGAUUGGUUUUGUCUCUAUGCGGUUUCUCCAUGGGAAGAGACAGUGAUUCUCUGUCCUGCAUCACGCCUGCUGGUCUGCACUCUUUCCCACCAAAGAUGAGAAAGAUGAAUCAUUUGUCCUGCCAACCAAGCACCACAGUUGGAGUUCUUACAAUAUUCUGUUCCCGUUGCCAGCAGGACUCGAGAUGAUUCAGCUGUCAGGCCCUUUACGGAAGCUCCACUGUUUUUUGCUGGGAGGAAAACCUUUCUAAACACACAGGAAGGGAGAGUAAACGAGAGACGGAUUGCCUUUUUGUCUCUGCCCUCUCAGGUUUUUGUUGCAUUCCUCUUGCAGUGAGUUGAGGAUUCUCCAUUUCAUUGGAGAAAGCCGGAGCGACGAUAGUGGUGCGGUGGCGUUCCUCGUUCCAGGGAGCUGCCCUCAUCGUGUGCUUCCACACGUUUCGAACAGAGAGUUUUUGAUCAGAGUGAAUUUGUUUCAUUCUCCAAAAUGCCCCCGUUGCAUCCAUGUUUAUUGUUUGUAAAAAGUAAGGCUAACGGCCAAGGAAGUCGGGUUGUUUUGAAUAAGACGUAGUUGUGGUGGUACCGGUUGCUACCAGUGUGGAAUUGAGGGAUUGAUUGAAAAGGCAAAGUAGUCUCGUCUUUCUUUAGUGAAACUCUAGUCGAAUCGACGAUAUAAAUCGCCACACACACCUGAGUAUAAUCUUCUAAUCGUGUCCAUUUCACAGUUACUUCACCACCUGUCGCUUUCCGACUACCAGCGUGAGAGACUUCUUCACCUUCUGUACUCCAGUACCUGUUGUACCUCCCAGAGCAGAUAGAAGCAAUACUCUUGAAUGUAACGGUGCAGUUGGCGGACGAAGGUUUCCUAUACGUGUGUUCUGUGAUCAAAGAGCUCAUCAACGUCGACUGGAGAGCCGUUUGUUUACAGAAUAAACCUACAAAAAUUGAUCAAAUGCUCAUCAGUGCCUCUAAGUACCGAAAACGGGGUAGUCUGCGACUGCACACGUCCGGUUCCCGGAAGAACCGAACUAAUAAGUAGCCCAAAGACCCUUCUAUUUCGAAAGGAGAAAGGGGGAUAAUACUCGAAAACAGGAACAGAAGAAAGCAGGGUAGAGGGUUCCAUCAGCUGCGUCGGCUGGUGCCUGCGCAAAUAGUGAGGUGUUGCAAGAAUGGAAACAGUUGGGGGAAGUUUGUUGAAGUGAAAUGCAUCUGACACUUUCGACAAAAGGAGAAGGGUUCCUACUGCGAUGAGCAAGCAUGAUGCUCUUUGCUUCAUUCAAAACGCGGCGGCGACACGGUGCACGGAAAACUUCAUUGAUGUCUCUUCAGUGCUUCACUCUCCCGACGAAGUCUCCCGUCGGUUCUCUUUCAAGCAGCCGAUGCACUACGAGACACCUACACUUUCAGACGAAGGUAGAAAAAAUAAAAACCUAGCUUUUCUUCGUUUUUUCAACUCCCCCCGUCUUGACUCUCUUGUCAUUUUCGUCGCCACCGUAACCUCAUUUUCAAGCUUGAGACCAGGCGCCCCAUUGCCUAGCUUUGCAGAACCCAGAGAGUCUCCCUGGAAACUCACAACCGCUGUCCUUUUCCAUUGCUUCAGCUGUCGACGCAAACGAAGCAACGUCUAAAUUAUCGAGUCCAGGAGACUCGGACAACAGGUGUCUCAACGUGUCUGUUGGAACUCCGGGAGCAAUCUCUGUUGCCCUUUUCACGCUCUCCCGCUCCAGGGGGGAAGCUGCUGCGAUC